CAAUUUUUCUCAACAGUCAAAAUGAAUGUUGUUGGGUUGUUCUGCUACCGAUAUUAUAAAGACUAGCUGGACAAUAAUGUAAGGGCCAGAUAUAUAAAUGUCAUUGAUUAUCGUGGACAUAACGCUGUAUUCUAUUGUAUAGAUAAUCUGUAGUCACUCUGUACAUAAUGUAUGACGAACUUUGUUUCCCAUACUGUACAUUCUAUAUCACCUUGCAGGUGUCAGGAGGUAUUUCAUCUUCAUAAAGAACAAGGUGAGCUCAGACUGGAAGGACCUGGCUUGGUGUCUGGGGUUUGAGGCUCCAGAUAUAGAAAACGUAAAAGGCAAAGAACAUGACGACAAGUCUCGCUGUAUGGAACUACUGUGGGAAUGGCAGAAGCGGAAGGGAAACGCGGCCACCAUACAUGUGCUGAUGGAGGCACUAAAAAACGCACAGCUACAACUUGUUGUGGACAGUCUGAAGGGCGAAUUUCCUGAGUUGAAUGAAAAGCCAAAUUCUGAUAUGGGGAAGGCUGAGAACAUUGAAGCCAUAAGGAAGGAAAUAAAGAUGCUAGAAGAGAAUUCGAAGAAAGCCCUCCUGGAACAGAAGGCAGAAAUGAACAAGAAAAUACAGCAGCUUCAGGAGACCAUGAUGAAGGAAAUGGAGGCCAGAAAUGAGGAGCUGCUGACUGCCAAGCAACCAGUGGAGGGUGGAAGUCAGCAAAAAUAUCCUGUCAAAACCAUGUCCGACCAACUUUCUAUCGAUAAACCCACAGCAACAAAUACAGGACAUGUCCAACAGUCAGUGGUUCAGACUAAAAGGAAAUAUACAGGAACAACUGUCAGACCAAUCAGGGUGGGACAACCAUGGGUGGAGAAAGUCAGGUUUGGGGGAAGGGGAUCAGGUAGGGGGGAAUUUAAACGUCCUAGGGGAGUAGCUGUUUCACAUGACAAUGAGGUUUACAUUGCUGAUUGGUUUAACACCAGAAUCCAGGUGUUCACAAUGGAUGGUGUUUAUAUCAGAGAGUUCACAAUAACUCUGCCAGGGGAAACGGGUAAAAAGUUAGAACCACAUGAUAUUGCUGUAGACAGAAAUGACAAGAUGUGGGUGGUGGGUAAUGAUUAUGUAGCGCAGUAUUCCAGGGAAGGCACCUGUUUGGCCACAAUGGAACUGCCACAUGCUCGAUUUAUCCGUGGCAUAACUGUAGCUAUGGCAACAGAACAGGUGAUUGUUACAGAGUAUGAUGGGCAAAAUGGUCGACUUCGAGUGUUUAACCAAGAUGGUUCUGAGGUGGGGACAUAUGGUUCAGGUCAUAGGUCACCAGAGCCUUGGUGGCCACUGUAUGUCACUGUGGAUGGGGAGGGGAACAUUCUGGUCACUGAUGGCAAAAAUCACUGUGUCCAUGUCUGGGACAGAGAGGGGAACUUCAAGUUCAAGUUUGGGAGUGAGGGAUCUGAUGAAAGUCAGCUGAAAAAUCCUCAGGGCAUUUGUGUUGAUGGGAAAGGAAACAUCAUUGUGGCUGACAGAGGAAAUGGUUGUGUGAAAAUGUUUGACAGUCAGGGCAGAUUUCUGUGUUACAUUGGAAGUGGUAUGAAGGGUCCCCAGGCUGUUACUGUGUCACCAAGUGGAGAUGUGGUGGUGACUGAUUGGACAGAUAAUACUGUAUCAGUCUGGACACAGGUUUAGUGCUGUACCAUAUACAGGUGACAGAAUAUUCAUAACUUGAGUUGCCAUGCAAAAUCUUGGUGUUCAUUGGGUUAUUAGCAGUGUCCAUUGUUCAAUAAAGAAUAAUAAUAAUAAAGGAAUU